UCUUAGUCUAAACGACAUUCAACCUGUUCAUCUUCUUCCCCCGCCAAAUCAAACCUCGGCAAUGGCUGAAUCUCACACGCGGGAGACUAACUGCGUGUACGUAGAGACCAGCCUAGACACUCAUCUCCUGGUUCUCCUUCACGACCGUGAAACCAUUUCCGAUUUCAAAGUGAAACUAUGCAAGGAGCAUCAUCAGUGUUUUCCCCAACUUGGAGAAAUUGAUAUAUCUGCGGUUAAGGUUAAUCGUCAGAAUACAUUGGGUCUCCUUUUAGAUUAUCACUUGCCAGAUUCGAUGCUCCUGGGUAUGGUUUUCAACGGCAUCGGUCAUUUUUUAGAUGGAUACGCUCUGGAAGCUGGAGUAGUUGAGAAGACAACAAAGACGAAGGAACUGGAACUUUCCGAUGGAGAGAAGAGUUGAAAAAAACCAAAGGUUGAUGAUCUUAAUCAAUCUUCUGCUUCAGAAUUUGAUGUUGAUGGGAGUCGCGAGUUAAGUGGAAAUGUUGAGGUUGAAGUUGUUGCUACUGAAUCUUCACCGAGAAAAAAACUAGAUGAUGAUACUCUUCCGGAAACAAGUAAAGGUAUCCUCUGUCUAUAAAAAUUUGGAUCAGAGAGUACUGAUUGUUGGAUAAGCUUGAGUUGAAAGUUUCCUUUUUCUUUAUUUGAAGUUGGGUUUAUCUUUAAGGAUUAGGAUAUUAUGAGUUGUGAUAAUACUAUUAGGAUUAGGAGCUAUCUUAAGUCCUAUAUAUAGUGAUGCAUAUUGUGAUGCAUAGUGUGUGAGUUUGUGAUUUAUGAUUUGAGAACUUUGUGAUUGAAUAAUAAGAGAAAGACUUCUUAUUGA